CUCUUCCUUAGCCUUGUCAACUUCUCCUCAUCACUCUCUUUUCUUCUUCUUCACCUCUCUCUUUCUCUCUCUCUCUCUCUCUCUACAGCUUCCUUCCUGCAAAUGUCUCAAGUCGUCAUAAAGUCUCCCAAACACUGUGCCAAGAAAGGACUGAACAUUGACAAGCUCUACAAGAAGCUUUUCUUUCUCUUCUCCACCUUAUUCACCACCAUCCUCUCACUCAUAUUACUCAUCUGGCUCAUCUUGCGCCCCACAAAGCCUGAGUUCACCCUGAAAGAAGCUGAAAUCUACCAACUCAACCUCUCAGGCCCUCACCUUCUCAACUCCUCCAUCCAACUCACCAUCCUUUCCAAGAACCCAAAUCAGAAACUUGGGAUUUACUACGAUGAGAUGCAAGUUUACGCCGCUUAUAAGGGACAGCAGAUUACAACAUACACCUCUCUUCCUCACUUCUACCAAGGACAUGAAGACAGCAAUCUCUUGACAGCCUCUUUGGUCGGAGCAGGAUUGCCUGUGGCUCCAUCUUUUGGUUAUGAAGUUGGGCGUGACCAAACGGCAGGUAAACUAGUUGUGAACCUGAAGGUGAACGGGCAGCUCCGAUGGAAGGUCGGAACUUGGGUUUCCGGCCGGUACCGGUUAAAUGUUAAUUGUGUUGCAGUCACUGCUUUCGGACCAGUCAUCCCAACAGGUCCUCUGACUACAAAGCAGGGGACUCAGUGUUCUACUUCUAUUUGAAUUUAAUUAAUUACUAACAUGAUUAGCCUCUGCUCUCUAGUACUGAGUCCUUAAUUUAUCUCUAUCUUUGGUUUUCAAUGGCCUUAAUUGCUUGCUGUUUACGGAUUGCUGCUUGUAAGUGUUGUAUAUUGGUUAUGAUUGAUAGGAUUGAAAGCUGCGAUUAUAAGGAAGAUUGAAAGAAUAUGAAAAGCUUGUUAUCUUAUCUUCUUUUUUCUAUCA